AUGUCGGACUAUUACACAGCCAACCCCUCCCUAGGAUAUACACACUUCAAACGGUCACCAAGCAUCAGGAGUGAAGAAGCUCUCGAUCUUCGUGGGCCUUUGGAGGUCACUGGAAAUGUCAAGUCCGGACGUGGUAUCAACCUAGAAGGAGAAAUCAUCAUUAGCGGUAGUCUUGACGCGUAUGGUCCGGUCACCAUGAAUGGUAGCAUCAGUUGCGAGGACGAGGUUAAAGCUUACGGUAACAUCGUUGUUAACGGUGUAUUGGUGGCGAGUAAUAAGAUCAAAGGCUAUGGCUCAUUAAAGGUUUUUGGGACACUGGAAGGCAACCAUCUCGAAAUCUAUGGGAAUCUCUCCAUAAAGGGCUAUUUGUGA